UCUGCCGUUACCAGUUUCCGGGGCGUUGAUCAACAGACGAGGAACCGGAUUCUGGACGAGCUCGCUGGCUUCUCAUUUGUACAAGAACCCACAGCUGCGGAAAAUGGCGCCCAACACCCGGCGGAGGUGCUGCCCCCUGUGAGAGAGUCGAGCCUGCUGCGUGUGUCUCUGGCCCUGCUGUCCCUGAACACCGCACGCGAGGAGGUCAAGGCCGUGUCAGGGACUGGCAGGAACACUACAGCACCCUCUGCCCUCACCUUUGACCUCUCCAUAAACGCUGUCGAUGGAACUAUAG